GGAAAAGGAGCAGGAGAGAGCCAGGGCCAUCCAGAGAGGGCAUGAGACUGUCUGGAGAAAGAGAGAGAGAGAGUGAGGAGGUGUGAAUGAGGACGGGCAAGGGGGUGAGAAGUCGAGGGGGUUAGGAAGAGAGGGAGUGGAUGAGUAGAGGAAAAAGUGUUUCUCAGAGGUCUGGUCCAGCAGCCUGGAUCCUGAGGAGAACCAGGAGUAGAAAGCAGGAGGAAUAGAGGGAAUCUUUUCAUGUCUGGCUGUAGAUGUGCAGGUCUUUACACAACUUGACUAUAUUGAGCUGUGCCAGUACUGUUUCAUUGUGUCGGCUCUCUGUGUGUGUGUGUGUUGGCAUUAUGUGUGUGGCUUGAUCUACUAGUUGGCAGCUAAUAGGGUUUUUAUGGGCCUGUGUCAGGCAAGAGCUGCCAGAGUGAUCUACCGUACAGACGGACACACUGACAUCCACCACCACAGACCCGCACACACUUGGUGCUAGUGCAGGCUGGACAGUGGAUUCGUGCUCAGACACAUGCUAAUGCACAGACACAUAAGGCCCCUUGAUGCUGUAACUCACACCACUGGCGUGUGUCUGUGUGUGUCUGUGUGUGUGUGUGAGUCAAUACAGAGUCACAUUCUGCGGUUCUAUGUCAAUUCCCCAUGGUGCUCAAAGAUGAGACGCUGGACUUCAAUGCAAUACAACAGCAGCUGACAUGUUGAUGUGCUUUAAGGGCAUUUUUGCUCUUAUCAAGCCCCUUUGACUCUGUUCUAUGGAACUGUUAUGUCUUUGGAUCAGAUCUUUCUCCGGCUAGACAUUUAGAAAGAUUACACCCUCUGAUCUUCAAUCGCCCCCCCCCCCCCCCUCACUCUUCUGUUUUGUGGAUGAAAGGCAUUUCUUGCGCAGUGUCUGUCACACUGCCCAACCAUGAAGAGAGGGAAGGAAACCGUCCAGAUGGACAGACAGCGGACUUUGAAAGAAAGACCAGACCAUGUUUUUGGAAAUGACAGUACUGAGAGAAAAUGAAUGAACCAGUGUUAUUAGUCAGACUAAUUCCCAGAAUCACAGAAACAACAUUGACUAUAUCAGAUCCGUGAUGGAGUUGUUCCCUAAAACCAAGUACACUCACUUUCGUAGUGAGUCUCUCAGUUCAAAUGAUGAUGCCAACUCCAACCCCUCCUCGCUCCCCUCUUCCACCCCUGCCACCCCUGCCACCCCUCCUGGGUUACCCUCCUCUCUCUCCUCCUCCUCAAUCACCCCCAUUCUCCCCCCUUCUUCCCCUCGCCGGGCGGAGAACAGCCCCACCACACUCUGCUCCUUCUUCCCCAGGAUAGGAGCUCUUCGCCUGGGCGUUUCUGCCACCCUGCUACCAGGUCUCAAGGCCCCCAGCAGGCCUCCGCAGACUCAGGCACUCGUGGAUUCCUCAGGGGGGGGCAGUUUGAGUUCCAGAUCCCUACUUCCCCUUGCUCACCCCCCUCACUGUCUAACGGCACCAUCUCCCCCUCCUCGUCCUCCUCUGCAGGAUAUGAACCGGCUGGGCGGGGCGUCCAGGAGGGCGCGGGUGGAGGGGGGGCAGCUCGGGGGGGAUGAAUGGACACGCCACGGCUCCUUCGUCAACAAGCCGACCAGAGGAUGGCUGCACUCGGACAGCGUGGUCAGCACCACAGGAGUCUCCUACACCGUCCGAUAUAUGGGCUGUGUGGAGGUGCUGCAGUCUAUGAGGGCACUGGACUUCAACACCAGAACUCAGGUCACCAGAGAGGCUAUCUCAGUGGUGUGUGAGGCGGUGCCUGGAGCCAAAGGAGCCCAACGCAGAAGAAAGCCGACGUCCCGCUGUAUGUCCUCCAUUUUGGGGAAGAGUAACCUGCAGUUUGCCGGGAUGACAAUCAGCCUGACUGUCUCAACCAGCAGCCUCAACCUCCUGGCCUCCGACUGCAAACAGAUAAUCGCCAAUCAUCACAUGCAGUCCAUUUCAUUCGCUUCUGGAGGAGACCCAGACACAGCUGAGUAUGUAGCGUAUGUUGCCAAAGAUCCAGUCAACCAGAGAGCAUGUCAUAUCCUGGAGUGUUCAGAGGGCUUGGCCCAAGAAGUCAUCAGUACAAUUGGACAGGCUUUCGAACUGCGCUUCAAACAGUACCUGAAGAACCCCCCCAAACUGGUCACUCCACAUGACAGGAUGGCUCCUUUUGACGGUUCAGCGUGGGAGGAAGAAGAUGAUGAGGGAGCCCCGCCCUCUGUAGAGGUUCCAUACUAUAAUAACUUCCCCGGGAAACAGCCUCCUCCUGGGGGACUGGUGGAUAUGAGGGCUCGUCCUGGGGCUACACUGCCCUAUGGACAGCCUGGUCAGAAUGACAUUCACAAACAGCCGCUACCCCCUAUUCCAGUGGGAGCAAAGGAAGGAGGGCGGGACCUAUUUGACGACCCCUCAUACGUCAAUGUGGAUAAACCCCGCCCCCCGGCAGCUGCAGCCAAUGGCAACGCUCACAGAGAUGUGUUUGACAUGAAGCCGUUUGAUGAUGCGCUGAAUGUAGUAGGUCAGGGGGGCCCAGCCAUCUCCACGGCGCCCCCUCUGGUGGAACAGCUGCAGUGCGAGGCCUGGUUCCACGGCAGCCUGAGUCGCAAGCAGGCUGAGAGACUGCUGACCCGCGACGGAGACUUCCUGGUCCGAGAGUCAGGCACCACCCCUGGACAGUAUGUCCUCACUGGACAGCAGGGGGGUCAGCCCAAACACCUGUUGCUGGUCGACCCCGAGGGAGUGGUGCGUACCAAAGACCACCGCUUUGACAGUGUGAGCCAUCUGAUCAGUUACCACAUGGACAACAGGCUGCCCAUCGUAUCAGCAGGCAGUGAGGUGUGUCUUCAGCAACCAGUGGAGCGCAGGGCCUGAACAUACACAUUCACAGUCAUGCAGCAAUGUAACACACAAACACACACACACACACACACUGCAACACUACACACGUAACUGUGUACACAAACUCACACACUGACCACAUUUAGGAAAGCCACAAAAAACUGUUACUCUUUCUGCCAAAUUACUCGAUGACUUCUUUCCUCACACACACGCUUGAUGACUGUUUCCUCUGUAAACCCUCGUUCUGUUCAACCUUCUGCCAUGGAGAGCCACUCCUUCCCGCAGACAUCAUCCUAAAGAACGAGGGAGUAAGGCCCAACGACCACCUCCUUUUAUUUCUGGGAGCGGGACGGAAGGUAAUGCAGAUGUAUUUGCAUUUUUAAGAAAUCAUAACACAGGAUCACCUAGGGAUGAUGCCGUCAUUGUAUAGGAGAGCUGUGGACCUUGGAGGGUGGAGUGAAUCAUUGAGGAGUGAUGGACAGGAGGGACGGAGGGUAAUGGAUCCAGACAGAGGAAACACUUUUUAACUAUCAGAGUAUCACCCCAAAGACAUGGGCCGUCCAAUAGAAUAUCAGUGGAACAUAGGAAUAGACAAUCAGUGACUGAUUCAGAUCAGGCCUCCUUGAAUAUGCAUAGACAUUUUUGUAUCCGCACCAAUCAGGGCCACUAGUAUAGACAUUAUGCAUUGACAUUUUUCUAGCCACACCCAUUAUAGCCCUUUCUUUGACCAAGACCCUAAGUGAUAACUGGCGACGUCAUGGAAGACGUCACUGCAAUGCAAAAAUGGGAUUCCGAUGCCAACAGCUAUUGUCUAUGUCUAUCCAAAUAUGGGCAAUGUUUCCUUCCUGCCUCCUUUUGGGAGUUUGAUGAAAGUGAUUCAUAUCCAUCCAUGUGUUGGAACUGGUGGACUGGUAUCAUCAUCCUCAUAAAGCCAAAGAGAGUGGACUUGGUUGGACAGCAGAAACACUGGAGAUGACCCAAACAGUUCAAACAUUACCGUGUGUUUUUCUGCCAUAUGUUUCCAUUGGGAGGAGUGCUUCAUCACCAUAGAAUUAGGAAUCACAGGAGGCCCAGGGAGGAUCCACAUUUACACAUGACGUAAUCAGCCCUAGACAUAAUGUCACUAAGAAGUCAAAGCCAGUUCUGCGAUGUUGUCGUUGCAAAGCAUAGCUUUCGGUGCAUUCUGGGAAUCGUAGGUCAUAUAAUGCAAAUGUUUUCUUGCUUGUUGUUAUUAUCGGUUUGCCUUGACAAUCUAUGGCCAUAUCUCUGAUGUCUGGACUAAAGGGGGUGAUGUUGGGGUGGGGGGGUGGGGUUGGUUGAAGGGGAUUCUGGACAAAGUGUUGAAUGCUAAAAGCAUCUGGCCUAGAGCACUGAAAGCAGUGAUGUUCUCCCCUCUCCAAAUGUGAUGCUACAAUCUCUGUCAUGAGACUAGCUUUUAGCAUUAAUGUUAGUGUGUAAAGUGUUUCUCCUCAGCUCGCUCCAGGGAAAACUGUCCUGUUCUCCUUUUUUGUUGUUUCAAAUGGAACGGAACUCGACGGAGUGGAAGUGUGGAGGAUAAACAGUAGAAAUCUGGGAGCUUUGCUACCUUCAGUGAAAUGUUGGAGUUUAUUGGUUUGUUGUUCUAAAUUGGACCUAUAGGAAGGAGAGGAAUCAUCCUCUCCCCUGUCUUCAUUUUUGUGUAUUUUUUUUUUCUCUUCUUCUCGUGCCUUGUUUCUUCAAUGCAGUCACCUCACUCCAGUGCAGUCUGGUAGUCACCUUGCCUACUUGUACAUGCGCUUUCUGUCCAGUCAAUUGAUGAACUUAAUCCAAAUAAAAUGGACUGUUGGGUCCUAUCACGGUGGCUCAGUUCAUGGAAGACUCUAGAAAAAGACCCUGAGACUCAGUCUGCUCCUCAUGACAUGCCUUUGUACUGUUGUUCCCAUGUGGUCCUGGUUGGUCGAUGUCGCAAGUCUCAUUGGAAUUUCCACUCCUCUUGUAUAUAACAUCAGAUCGGAUCAGUUGUUUUUUGGUUCUAAAAAAAUUAUGACAAAAAAAUAUCAAGAUUGUUUUGAUGUAUUUAAUAAACCUUUAAAUGGAACUAGAUACUGCAUUUCACCUUUUCAAGGCUGAAACCAAACAUGUGCGUGAAGAGUUUUGUUAAAUUGGUAUUUCUCACCUACAAUU